AUGACAAGGGAAGAAGGUCGUACAUAUUUUGAAUCUCUUUGCGAGGAAGAACAAAGUUUGCAGGAAUGCCAAACCAACUUAUUGAACAUUUUAGAUGUAUUGUCAGAAUUGACAAACCCCGAAUCCUCUGAUGAUCUGCUUACUGAAUCCCUCAAGAAGCUACCUGAUUUACACGGGGAACUGGUAAAGAGUUCUAUCCGUCUGCGAUACGAUAAAUAUCAAACAAGAGAAGCACAGCUUUUGGAGAAUACAAAAACCGGCAGGGAUGUUGCAGCGGGAGUACAGAACCGUAAGAGUAUUAGUGAAUACUAUUCUACUUUCGAACAAUUGAAUAGGGAUACUUUGAGGUACGUCAACUUACUGAAAAGGCUUUCUGUUGAUUUAGCCAAGCAGGUGGAAGUGUCUGAUCCAUCAGUGACAGUGUAUGAAGUGGAUAACUGGAUUCCAUCCGAGAAACUUCAAGGCAUUCUCGAGCAGUAUUGUGCGCCUGAUACUGAUAUACGUGGUGUAGAUGCUCAAAUCAAGAACUACCUAGAUCAAAUCAAAAUGGCGCGUGCCAAAUUUGGUUUAGAAAAUAAGUAUUCUCUAAAGGAAAGACUAUCUACCUUGACAAAGGAACUAAACCAUUGGAGAAAAGAGUGGGACGAUAUAGAAAUGCUUAUGUUCGGUGAUGAUGCACAUUCUAUGAAGAAAAUGAUCCAGAAGAUAGAUUCAUUAAAGUCUGAGAUAAAUGCUUCAUCUGAAAGCAACCCUGUAGAUAAAGGUGACAUAGUUUUAGAAUAA